UAAAAAGCAUGCAUUGCGUUUUAACCCGCUUUGACUUCUGGGUAAUGUAGUUGAACAAUAUUCCCGUUACUUCCCACAUGCGUGAAUGUUUACGCCUACAAACCUGCUCAUGAACUGGACAUUGUUGAUGGCCACAGAAGGAUCAGCAGUGAAGCUUUUCCUCAUUAUAAACAUAUGGAUGAAGGCGUCGAUAUGCUGCGGGGCAAAACUAUUAUCGUGACCGGGGCAAACAGUGGUAUCGGAAAAGCCACGGUCGCGGAGCUGCUGCGGCGUCAGGGCCGAGUGAUCAUGGCAUGUAGGGACCGAGAACGGGCGGAGAAAGCAGCCCUGGAGAUCCAGCAGGAGGCCGGCCCAGAGCAAGGGGAACUAGUGAUCAAACUCUUGGAUCUGGCGUCGCUUAAAUCUGUCCGUAUUUUUUGCGAAGAGAUAAUCAAGGAAGAGUCGAGGAUUGACAUCUUGGUCAACAAUGCUGGAAUCUACCAGUGUCCUUACACCAAAUCAGAAGAUGGGUUCGAGAUGCAGUUCGCUGUCAAUCAUCUGGGUCACUUCCUGCUCACUAACCUCCUGCUGGACCUCCUCAAACGCUCUGCUCCUAGCCGGAUCAUUGUGGUGUCCUCCAAGCUCUACAAGUACGGUGAAAUAAAUUUUGAUGACCUGAACAGUGAGCAGAGUUACGAUAAAGCUUUUGCUUAUGCACGGAGUAAACUAGCCAAUCUUCUAUUCACUCUGGAGCUCUCUCACCAACUCAAGAAGACUGGAGUGACCGUAAAUGCUCUCACCCCAGGGAUUGUGCGGACUAACUUGGGCAGACAUGUCCACAUCCCACUGCUGGUGAAGCCACUAUUUAUCCUAGCUUCACGGGCCUUCUUCAAGUCCCCUGAGGAAGGUGCACAGACUUCUAUCUAUCUUGCCUGCUCUCCGGAUGUGGAGGGGAUUCAGGGGAAGUGCUUUGCUAACUGUCAUGAGGAGCAGCUGUUAGCUAAGGCCACAGAAGAGGAGGUGGCCAAGAAACUGUGGGACAUCAGUGAGGUGAUGGUGGGCAUCACAACUUGAAAUCUUACAGAUAUAAAAUUUAAGUCAAAUGUCCAUGAUUAUUUCAAAAUCACCAACUCUGAGAAAUAAAACAUACAGAUCUUUACCAUCAAGUAUUUUGAAAAGACCUUGUUUUGGAAGGAAAGCAUGCAAAAUGUAUGCAUACAUCCACAGGAGGGAGCUGUUUUUGCCAUUCCUAUUCACUUGUGCUUUGAAAUACUAACUGUAAAGUUGCAACCAGCAGAUUGUUAGUUCUGCUGCAACACUAACUGUGCGUGUGUGUGUGUGUGUGUGUGUGUGUGUGUGUGUGUGUGUGUGUGUGUGUGUGUGUGUUAAAUAAUCCAGAGUCAUCUUCAGUUAUCCUGUUCCCAUGCUUCCCUGAAUUAGUAUUAAUCCUGGGUAGUCAGGUUCAUAGAUUUCAAAACAACAUGUUCACAUGUUGUUAAGACUAGUUGCAACCUAAAUGGUUUAUUAACUUGAGAAUCACCACAAAUAAUAUAGUUUGAAAAGACUAAAACCUUUCUUUGACUGGAAAUGUGUACACAUAUUACUGAGAAUUUCUGAUUGCAAAAGUGUGCCUAAAUGGUGCUUUAUUGUUACUUUUCUGCUGUUAGGAGUGAAGUAGUUAACACUGCAUUUGAUUUGCACUUCUCUUACUGAAGAUCAGUGAGCAUACAUUCACAGCUACAGUACUUAAUAAAGAUCCAUUAAACAAAACAAAAAGCAUUGUAGUAUCUCUAUUCUGAUUAUAUAUUAUAUUGUAUACUUUGCAUUUGAAAUGUUGAGAUGUUGAUCUGUGAUAUUGUGAUAGUAUUCACACUUUUUAAAAUGUAACCGCAAAAGAAAAAUAUUUUAAG